UCAAUUAGAUUGGACAAUGCAGACGAAAGAAGAUGGAACUUCAAAAACAUCCUCUCGAAUUCUGAUGGCUUUAUAAAUGGUCGGAGAUCUUCAUUUUGUAUCAUUCAAGCAUCGUUCUCCAACCGAUGCAAACAUGUGUAGUGUACUGAAAUUGGCUUGUAUUGCUCUAGUCUUUGCGACAACAGUGUCUGCAAAUGAGAGAAGCAAAAGGUCCGGUUUGGUAGAUUUGGGAUCGUCAGUCCUUCUCCCAUGGGGUUCAUCAAAUAAUAGAGGAAUUGGCAAUAAGAUUUAUGGUGCAUUACCAAGUGCUGGUCUCUUGAGAAUUGGAAAUAGGGACGAUCUAAACCUAAAUGACAGAAAUGUUCUUCUACAGAGACAAGGAGAUUUGGUCAGGCUUGCUAAUGAAUAUAACAUUAGAAAGCAAAACCUAGCUCUAGGUGCACUCAAUUCAGAUUCCAUCCAAGAUUCUCUCAGGCAAAACUCUAAUGUUCGUAGUGGAUGGCAACAACAAAAUGGUUACUCUGGUCUUGGUGUCUAUAGUAGAUUCAACUCAAACCCAUCGGUCGAUGAACAGCAAGCUUUGAUUGGAAAGAAUGUGCAAAGACAAUCCCAAUUAUUAGAUCAAGUAAGGGACUAUCAGUUAUCCGCACAAAAUUCAGAUGGUGGUGAUGCCCAAUUGAAUUUGCAGUCGAACAAAAUCAUUUCUUUAGGAGGUCAAUUGAACAGGGAUAUCAAUCAAGGACAAAGAAUUGUUAUUCUGAGACCAUCAAUCAACGCAGCACUGAACUCUCAAGGUCCCAUCGAUUCGAAUAAAUUGAAUAGGUACAGGCAAGUGUCUGGCUUAGGAUUGGGACUUUCUGGACUUAACCAAGAAGGUUUGAGAAACAAUGGAAAUAUCGCAACAUGGAACAAACUCGAACAAAACGUCGGACGAGCUUAUGGUCUUCUGAAUGGUCAAAAUUUGGUGAGAGACAACCAAGAAUCAUUAGAACAAGUAAAUGCUGAACAGAACAUUCAACGUAAUUAUGGUGGUUAUGGAGGACGUGGACGUUUCUAUCAGUCUUUGAGGUCUCUGGAUAAUCAGCAAUUGAAUGGACCUGUUGCAGAAGAUGUACUCUCCGGAGUUUACAAUAGACAAUAUCCUUCAUGGAGUUCAGACAGGCAAUCUGCUCAACUUCAAGCAGAGAAUCAAAACCUUGGAGCUAACAAUGAACAACUUGGUAGUCAGCUUCAAAACCAAGACAAUGUGAACCAGCAACAGAGCAAUAGUUACACUUACGGUGAAUUGAGUGCCAGAAUAUGGAACGUAAUCAAAUCUAACCCAGCCAUGAUUUCCAACCUUGAUAAUUUGAGGGAACAACUUUUGAAUGGAAACAAUUCAGGAAACGAACAAAUGGGCCAAUUGAAAGCUCUAUUGCAAGAUGCCCGUAACAAAAAUAUUCUCAUUCCAAGAAACAACAUCAUCGGCCAAUCGCUAGAAGAACAAGAACGUAAUGUAAUUGUUAACAAUCUCAUUGAUGCUAUGAACCAAAAUGAAGCCGUUUCAAAUCCUCUGGACGCUAGGGGACAAUUGUCUUAUAAAGGAUGGUGAUUGUAGCAAAGAAUUAUAAAUUCUUAACGCUACAAAAAUGAAACUUCCUAUGAAAUAUUGUUCAAUAUUCGAAUUAUCGUUGCCAUUCUGAUGUUAUUAUUUUUGUUAUGUUUAUCGACAACUAUAUUGUUUAUUUUUGUAUGUUCAUCUGAUUAAUAAAUGUGAUUUUCAU